AUGCAGGCUCUCGCGCCCCUUGUCGCUCUUUUGCUCCACUUCGCUCUUUUCAGGCUUGCGUCUGCUGUCGGGAAUGUCCCGCCGAAGCUAUACGGUGUUAACCUCGAAUGGCUUGACAUGGGCGGCCAGUCCUGCAGCGACUGCUCGACCUGCAUCGCGGACGAGUGGUCCUUCGCCAAGGCCUACCCGGACACCGUCGACGCGACCUUCGACAAGCACUGGUCGACGUGGUUCACCGAGGACCACGUGCAGCAGCUCAAGGCGGACGGCAUCAACGCCGUGCGCAUCCCGCUGGGCUACUGGAUCGUCGAGCCGCUCGUGAACCGCUCGAGCGAGUACUACCCACGCGGCGGGAUCAAGCAGCUCCAGCGCGGCCUGCAGCAGCUCCAGGACGCGGGCAUGGUCGCGAUUCUGGACCACCAUGCGUUGCCGGGCGUGCAGACGGCCGGCCAGCAGUUUACGGGGCAUUGUACCCAAGACGUGGAGUUCUACACCCCGUACAACUACCACCGCGCACUGGUAUGGACCGCCGUCAUGACCGCGCUGACGCACCUCGACCCCGCGUUCAACAGCGUCUUCGCCAUCGAAGCCGUCAACGAGCCGAUCAUGAACGCAGACCAAACGCCCGGCUACGGCCAAUUCCAGGUCAACUUCGUGCAGACGAUUCGCGCAGUCGAGCUCAUCCUUGGCAUCCCCGUGCCGGGCGUGUCCCUGGACGUCUCCCUGGGCACGUCCAACACGUCCGCGGCGUUCAUCCAGGUCGCCACAAGCACGAGCCUGCCGUCGAUCUUCAACCAGAACGUCACGGCCGCACUGCUCGAGGCCGCGCCGAUCCUGCUCGAGAUGGCGGCCGAGCUCGCGAUCCCGACCAUCUUGGACUUUACGUCCACCCAGGCACCCUUGUUCUCGUCCAGGACGCCGUUGAUGACCAACUUUAUGGAUGUCAACUGGCAGUAUAACGACCCGCCGAACCCCGCCUAUGCCGCGAUCGGUCCGCAGGGCUACGACAACCACCUCUACUACAACUACGGUGGCGUGGCCGACCCGAAUCCGGACGCGUACAUGACCAGCAUUUGCAAUCUCCAGCGGGUGCAGAACGACGCUGCCGUAGGCGAUACCCCGCUCUGGUUCGGCGAGUGGGGCCUGCCCACGCAAUUCGACGCAACGGACGAGUUCCUGUACAUGUGGGCGGACGCACAGAAGAUGGCUUACACCAAGGGCGCUGGGUGGCUCUUCUGGAACUUCCACGUAGAGAUUUCCGAGCUGGCUGGCAACCUCUCUAGGCAAUGGUCCUACCUUGAUGGAGUCAAUUACGGUUUCCUCACCAAGGACCCGGCGGCGUACCACAACGCCAGCGUCUGCGACCCCUACUAUUACAACACCACGUCAUCCUCUUGA